AUGACAAGACACGAGGAGAAAAGGCCAACAUCGGCAUCCAAUAACGCCAUCGAGAGGGAAGUUAAUCAUGCCAACGACAACGAUACUGUCUCGAGCAAGACACGGGAUACAAGUCGAAUAUGGGGAGUGCGAUUACCGCCGUAUUUCGAUUCCGACCCCGAGUCUGCAGUCAAACGGAAAUUAGAUUUGGUUCUUUUGACGUAUACGGCUUUAUCGAUUUUUAUCAAGAAUCUAGAUAAUACAAAUAUUUCUAAUGCAUAUGUCUCGGGAAUGCAAACAGAUUUGCACCUCUACGGCAAUCAACUGAACAUUUUUGGCACUAUGUUCAACUGUGGCAUUAUCGUCGGUGCUGUUCCUCUCAUCCUCUUAUCAACUCACAUCCGCCCAUCAAUACUGAUGCCGACAUGUGAACUUUGCUGGUCCAUCCUGGUCAUGGGCAUAGCAGGUGCCAAGGAUUAUCAAACCAUCUAUGGCCUGCGAUUUUUCAUUGGAUUUUUCGAAGCCAUUGCAUUUCCGGGGUUCGCAUCUCUACUUGCCGCAUGGUAUACGCCCGCCGAACUCGGCAAGAGAAUGGCGAUAUAUGAGGUGUCGCAGAAUGUUGCGGGCAUGUUCAGCGGGUAUAUUCAGGCUGGGUUGUAUGCUCACAUGAAUGGGAGAGGGUUGGCUAGUUGGAGAUGGCUUUUCAUUUUCGAUGGAAUCAUCUCACUUCCAAUUGCUAUAUGGGGAUUCUGGGCUAUUCCUGACCAGCCAAAGGAUUCUAAGGCAUGGUGGUUAGAUUGCGAGGACCGAACAAUUGCAAUCGAGCGCAUGGACCGUGUAGGCCGCAAACCCCUGAAGAAGGUCAAUUGGACACGCUUCAAAGGAAUAUGGAAGACGUGGCAUGUCUAUCUUUUUGUUAUCUGUUAUGUCUUCUACGGUGCAUUCUCCUGGGGUGAUAGCUACUUUGGACUCUGGCUUCAAUCGCUCAAUAAAUACAGUGUUGAGAACAUCAACAAUAUCCCGACAGCUGGACAGGGGGCUGCGGUAGUCAAUUCUAUACUAAGCGGAUUCAUAUCGGAUUGGCUAGUGAAUCGGCCUUUGAUGAUUAUCACUAACAUGAUGAUAUGUCUUCUGGGAAACGCCUUCCUAGCAGUCUGGACCGCCCCAACGGCCCUCAAAUUCGUCGGCUAUAUCUUCAUCACCACCGGACUACCCGCGCAAUCAUUAACAAUGACCUGGUUGAGCGAGGUAUGUCAGGGAAACGCAACGCUACGUGGACUCAUCGUCUCUAUCGGAAACACAUUCAUCUACGCCAUCAACGCGUGGGCUUUGGUACUACUAUUCCCGGCUUCUGAUGCGCCACAUUACAGGUAUGGAUACCAGAUUUGCGCUGGUAUGAUCGGUGUAGGGGUGGUUAGUGUCUUUGUGAUACUCUAUGCGAUAUGGGCGGAUAUCAGAUCGGGUAGAGCCUGGAGGAAUCAGAUUGGAUUGUUGGAGUAUCGGCGGUGGAUUAGGGAAUCGGAAGAGGAUGGGAGUGAGGACGAAACUCAAAAUCCAACAUUGCCGACACAUGUACAGUCAUAG